AUGCAGAGAGCUCGUAGGGAUUUUUAUUGGAAGGGAAUGAAAAGAGACUUGAAGACUUUUAUCAGGGAGUGCCCUGUAUGUCAGCAAAAUAAGUAUGAGACUUUUUCACCUGCUAGUCUCCUUCAAUCAUUGCCAAUACCAGAAAGGAUAUUGAUUGAUAUCAGUCUAGAUUUUAUAGAAGGGUUGCCUAAAUCUCAUGGAUACUCGGUUAUAUUGGUGGUUGUGGUUAGGCUAUCAAAGUAUAGCCAUUUUUCUGCCCUGACUCAUCCCUUUACAACCGCUAAGGUGGCUCAAGUUUUUAUUGCCAAUGUAUUUAAGUUACAUGGCGCCUUCUUUAGUAGUUUCGGACAGAGACCCAGCACAACUAAAGUGCAUGUUGUGGAUGAAUUACUUCGCACUAGAGAGCAAAUUAUCAACCUUCUUGAACAUAAUAUUAAGCAGGCUCAACAAAGACUGAAGAAAUAUGCUGAUCUGAGGAGGAGUGAAAGAACUUUGGAGGUACUACGAAGGGUUGGGCCAGUGGCAUAUAAAUUACAACUUCCUUCUGAUUCUAAGAUUCAUCCUAUUUUUCAUGUCUUCCAACUUAAGCCUAAGUUGGGUGCUCAAACUGUGGCUAUUCCCACUUUACCUCCACUAAACUCUAAAGGCAUUCUGCAUCCUGAACCAAUGGCAGUGUUGGACCGCCGUUCACGAGCCAGGAAUAAUAGAUCAUUCACUGAAGUGUUGGUGUGUUGGGAAGGCCAAUCUGCAGAAGAUGCUACGUGGGAGUCCUUCCAUGCUUUGGCACAAGCAUACCCGCACCUUGUGGGCAAGGUGCUUUAG